AUGCAAAUCGUCUCAGUACUUUAUGCCUCCCAACCCUCGUGCCCAAAGAGGGUUAACCUUGAAAUCGUUUAUCCUUCAAACAGAUUCUUUGAAAAAAAUCCCGAAUACCAGAAGCUAUUCCCAGAGUUUAAAGAUGUACCCCCAGAGGAACUGGAGAAGACAAACGCCUUAUAUGGGCAUACUAAACGAGUGAUGAAAGCAGUGGAAAACGCUGUGUCCGCUUUAGAUGACGCUGAGAGUUUUAGCGCGUACUUAGAUGAAUUGGGACGGAGACACAAAACGCGUUCUUUGAGACCUACGCACCUUGAGGCCAUGCAGGAUGCCUUGAUGUUUACUCUUCAAGAUCUUCUCAAGUCCAGCUGGACUGAUGAAACAUCAGAUGCCUGGAAAAAGCUUUUCCACUUCAUCAUCGAUCACAUGAUCUAUGGCUUACAGUCAUGAUCAAGGCUAGCAAAGAAAAUGCAUGUCAACAUUAAACUGACUGCGCCUCUGAGUACAACUUAAAUAGCACGACACUAAAUAACUCUCUACCUUAUGGUAAAUCUAUAAACACUAGAGAAGAUCACGUUUACGUGGUUAGUCCUUGAGCUAAUUUAGUGUCACGCCUUCCUUGGUCUGUCAGGUCCAUUUCGUUAAUCUAAUUAAACAAGUUGCUUACUUUAUCUCACAAUAUAACAGCAGCUGGACAAAGAAUCUUCCAUUAAGUUCCCUAUUAGUACUAAAGGAUUUCUGUAAUCACGUCUUGUAAAACAAGGUCGAUGGCCGAAUUUUAAAACAAAUCUGGUCUAUAGUUCAUGUUAUCGUGUGACAAAGUUAAACUAAAUCUUCGUCGUUCAAAGAAAGUGUUAACCUUCGAAAAUUGUGGUACAUGUAGUACUUUUACCGCCCCAAUAGACACAAAAAAACAAAAGCCGAAAGCCACCAGAAUGAAAUAUUUUUCAUAUAAAAUUUUAGGUUUUAUGUUGCCGCCAUUUUGCUCCUCCCCACAAAGCAGAAGAGGUUGCGCGACAGAGGGUGCUUUUCAUUCAAACCAAAACCCCGGAACUUUCAAAAUGAAAGCAAAUGGUGCGAAAUUUUCUUUGGCAAGUUUACGGAAAAUCCGAAAAAUGUUUAAUUUCCGGAAUGCGAACCAUUCAACCGAAAACUCCAGGAUGAAAAUCAAAUAGAGUCGAAAUUUUCGGUAAGAAAUUUCCAAAGAUUUCGGUAUACCCCCGAAAAUUUAAACCGGAAUUUAUCAUCGAAUGGAAGGCGCCCAAGGCUGUUCUCUUUCCCUGAAAAUUGUUAAAAAUACUGUUCAUUUCGCCAACGGAAAUUUCCGGAAAUGCAAACCGAAAUGUUUGGUUGAAUGGAAAGCACCCAGCGGACUUUCUGACGUGUUGUAAAUAGAUUUGGCUUAGAAAGUCUAUACAAAUAAUUUAAAUGUUUUUUGUACAAUUUAUUUAAUUUUGUGCACAAGUAUAGCAUAACGCUAUUAUGGUUUUCUGUUGUUUUUGAAAAGAAACGUUUAUUAUAUUACUAGUAAUUUUAUGUUGCUGCUGCCGGGCCAAGUAUUUUUUAUAGCGUAUAAUAUAAUGUUAAUACUAUUCAAAUCCACGAUAAAACCACUUCUUCGACUUAGAUUCGAUUAUAAUAUCAUGCGGCAUCCAAUGUUAUGGAAUUUGAUGUAAAUAACUUUUUUGUGUAAAUAAAUUGACAAACACUCUUUCACUGAAAAACUUGAAUGCACAGCUCCGUUUGAUCUUGUGUACUCAAUGCGAACUGAUUAUACUACCUUCUCUGAUGUAUUCGGAGCCGAGGUCUCUUGUGAUACAUCUUGAAAUUUUUCAAUCCUUCAGUGUAAUCUGACAGUUAAACAUGGAUCCAAAGCGUACGCGAGAAUUGGCUUGAGGCUUUGAAUAUAAUCUUUGGGAUAAGGCAUCGAAGUCCGACAAAAUUUCUUAGUUGCGCCUAUAUAAAACUGUAAACAGUAAACACGUACAAUAGA